AUGGGCACCCAUGGCUGUGGGUGGCCACAGUGGCCCCUGCUGCCCUUGCUGCUGCUGCUGCUGAGCCCGGUGAUGGUUGAAGCCCAAAAGGACCUGGAUGAGUCUGGAGACCAAGAGCAGCUGGACAGACCCAGAGAGGGGCUGAAGCUCGCCCGACCUUGGGAGAUCCACGGCUGGCCCUCAACCAUCAUAUACCGGCGCUCUGAGAGUGUCUGGAAGGUGCCCAAUACCUACCUGGUAGUAUUCAAGGAAUCCCAAAGGCAGCAGAUGGAGAGUAUUGCCCACCGCCUGCAGAGCCAGGCUGCCAGCCAGGGCCUCAUGUUCGAAGUGCUACACGUCUUCAAAGACCUCUUUCCUGGCAUUCUGAUGAAGUCGGACAACUUGGGCCCACGGGACCUGGUUCUGAGGCUGAAGCAGGCGAAGUUCAUUGAGGAGGAUACCUUUGCGUUUGCACAGAGCCUCCUAUUGAGCCCACAUCUGAUUUCCCCUCAGUGGAAUCUGGUUCCGAGCACCCUUUGGAACAUGCAGUGGAUUUCCCCUGAGUGGAACCAGUUGCGAAGCUUCAACCACAGCAACAACCCCGUGGAGGUGUAUCUCUUGGGCACUAGCAUCCAGCCUAAUCACAUGGAAAUUAAGGGCAGGAUCAACAUCUCUAACUUUGAGAGAGUGCCUGAGGAGGAGUGGCAGAGCACCAGUGCGCCCAGGACACAGGGCAAUUGUGAAGGCCAUGGCACCCACCUGGCAGCCCUGGUCAAUGGCCAGAAUGUUGGCGUGGCCAAGGACAUCAAGAUACACAGCCUGCGUGUGCUCAACUGCCAAGGGAAGGGCACGGUCAGCGGCAUCCUCAUGGGCUUGGAGUUUCUUUGGAAAAAGCUGGUCUCCAAUCCCUCCAAGCGCAUGGUAGUGCUGCUGCCCCUGGUGAGUGGGUACAGCCAGAGCAUCAACAAUGCCUGCAAGCUCCUGGCAAGGGCUGGAGCAGUGCUGGUGGCCGCUGCGGGCAACUUUCAGAGCAAUGCCUGUUCCUACUCUCCAGCAUCGUCUCCUGAGGUCAUCACUGUUGGAGCUGUGGAUUAUCAGAUCCAGCCACUCAUCCAGGGUACUCUGGGGACCAACUAUGGAUCCUGUGUGGACAUCUUUGCUCCUGGGAAAAGCAUUGUCAGUGCCUCCAAAGACUGUAAUGCUUGCUAUGUAACGCAGAGUGGAACUUUGCAGGCAGCUGCCCAUGUGGCUGGCAUUGCAGCCCUGUUGCUCACUGCCCAGCCAAACCUCACUGUGGCUGAGCUGAGGCAGAGGCUGAUCCAUUACUCUAUCAGAAAUGCUAUCAAUGACACCUGGUUCCCCGAGGAGGAGCGAUUCAAGACCCCCAACCUGUUGGCUGCACUGCCCCCCCGCACCCAGGAAACAGGUGAACAGCUGUUCUGCAGGACUGUGUGGUCAGCACCCUGGAACAUCACACUGGCAGACCGUGCUGUGUCUGAGUGUGACCCGGAGGAGGAGCUGCUGGGCUGCUCCAGUUUCUCCCAGAGUGGGAUGCGGCAGGGCGAGCGUGUGGGGAUCCUAGGAAAGAGACGCGUUUGCCUGGCAUUUGGAGAUAGCCAGGUUUCUGCAGUGGCCAGAUGCUGCCUGCUCCCCCGAGCCAACUGCAGAGUCUACACAGCUCCUCCAGCCUUGGUGGGGUUGAAGACCUACACCCACUGCCCGGAUCCUGACCAAGUCCUUACAGGAUGCAGCUCCCAUUGGGGGAUAGAUGACCCUGGUGUCUACCAGCAUACUUCAAGGCAGCAAGGUCAUCAGCCCAGAAAGUGCCUGGGGCACAAGAAGGCCAGUGUCCAUGCUUUCUGCUGCCGUGCUCCGGGCCUGCAGUGUACAACGAAGAAGUACAGGCGUUCCAGUCCCUUGGAGAAGGUCACUGUGAGCUGUGACGCAGGAUGGACCCUGACCAGCUGCAAUGCCCAUCCUGAGAACUCACUAACACUGGGAGCUUUCCCUCUGGACAACACUUGUGUGGUGAAGCACCAGAACACUGACGAAAUAGGGAGGACCACUGAGGAGUUCAUAAUAGUCACCGCCAUCUGCUGCCGCAUCCACCUCUCAGGCCAGCCAUAG